AUGGAUUAUCCAAACAUAUUAUUUAUAUAAAACCCUUUACAAAUAGUAUCUGAAAUUCUCCACCGAUUCACCAAAGUCUAAAAAUACUGCAUAAUAACUGACGAAAAUAUCGAAAAGCUAUAUCUUCCCUACCUAAAAUCUCAAUUUAACAACCAUUAAAUCUAUCCUGAGAUCUUCAUUUUAAAAAGCGGUGAAUAAAACAAGAAAUUUAAAUCCGUAGUUGAAUAAGACAAAUAUGAACAAAAUAUUCGGAAAAUACUCAAUUAUGGGCAUACUUUAGGCCACGGCAUUGAAUAUGCUUCCAAAGGCAAACUACUGCAUGGAGAAGCAGUAUCCAUAGGAAUAGUUUUAGCUAAUAAACUUAGCUAAAAUAUCUAAAAGUAAGAUUUCGAUCAAGAAAUAAAGGAGCUUUUGGAAAAAUAUGGAUUACCGGUUGAAUAUCCGGAUUUCUUGGACUCUGAUAAAGUUUUAUAAUAUAUAUUUUUCUAAUUGUGGUGA